UUUCUAUUGUUUUUUUGUGGGUUUUGAACUAAAUUACCAAAAUCUCCCUUCUCUCGUCCAAGGAGAAAAUAAUAUUGAUGGCAUAAUAUCUUGGUGGCAAUUCCGUAGUUAUUCUACUUUACAUGGGUAGUUAUAAGCCUUUAACAACAUUUCCUAAAAACUUGCAUCAGCCAAUCCAAUUGUCGUCCUGCGACUAAUAACCCCAAAACUCCCAUCAAUUCGCCUCCACUGCGACGCCGGGAAAAGAACUGAGAGAGAGUUCCCAAUCACCAUCUCCAUUUCUAUCCAGAGAGAGAAACAGAGAGAUGUGGCGGUGCGUUUCUCGAGGACUUCGUAUUCCUUCAUCAUCAUCAUCUUCUUCUUCUUCCAACAGAUCGCUCCUCAAUGGCUCUCUGAGAUCUCGCAUUUCCAGAUUCUUCUCCUCCGGAUCAGCCCCGGGCGGCUCCUCAUACACCGUCGUUGACCAUACAUACGACGCGGUGGUUGUGGGCGCCGGUGGUGCGGGGUUGAGAGCAGCUAUUGGCCUCUCCGAGCAUGGAUUCAACACUGCUUGUAUUACCAAGCUUUUCCCAACUCGUUCACACACUGUUGCUGCUCAGGGCGGUAUAAAUGCUGCAUUGGGAAAUAUGACUGAAGAUGACUGGAGGUGGCAUAUGUACGACACUGUCAAAGGAAGUGAUUGGCUUGGUGAUCAGGAUGCCAUCCAGUAUAUGUGUAGGGAGGCUCCAAAAGCUGUGAUUGAGCUUGAAAAUUAUGGGCUGCCCUUUUCUCGAACUGAAGAUGGUAAAAUAUACCAACGUGCAUUUGGUGGACAAAGUCUUAACUUUGGAAAAGGUGGACAAGCAUACCGUUGUGCAUGUGCUGCUGAUAGAACUGGGCAUGCUUUGUUGCACACUCUCUAUGGCCAGGCUAUGAAACACAAUACACAGUUUUUUGUGGAAUAUUUUGCUCUCGAUCUCAUAAUGAACAGUGAUGGUACCUGCCAAGGAGUAAUUGCAUUGAAUAUGGAGGAUGGUACAUUGCAUCGUUUCCAUGCUGGCUCAACUAUUUUGGCCACAGGGGGUUAUGGUAGAACAUACUUUUCCGCAACCUCAGCACAUACUUGCACUGGAGAUGGCAAUGCCAUGGUUUCACGAGCUGGGCUCCCUCUCCAGGAUUUAGAGUUUGUUCAAUUUCACCCAACAGGUAUAUAUGGCGCUGGGUGCUUGAUCACUGAAGGCUCUCGUGGGGAAGGUGGUAUUCUUAGGAAUAGUGAAGGGGAGCGGUUUAUGGAGCGAUAUGCCCCUACAGCAAAGGAUCUUGCUUCGAGAGAUGUUGUUUCAAGAUCUAUGACUAUGGAAAUCCGAGAGGGUCGUGGUGUCGGACCUUUGAAGGACCAUAUUUACCUCCACUUGAACCACUUACCACCAGAUGUGCUCAAGGAGAGGCUUCCUGGUAUCUCUGAAACUGCCGCCAUAUUUGCUGGUGUUGAUGUCACAAAGGAACCCAUUCCCGUCUUACCCACUGUGCAUUAUAACAUGGGUGGUAUUCCAACUAACCACCAUGGAGAGGUGGUUACUAUUAAAGGUAAUGAUUCAGAUGCAGUAGUUCCUGGAUUGAUGGCUGCUGGAGAGUCAGCCUGUGCAUCGGUUCAUGGUGCCAAUAGGCUUGGUGCAAAUUCCCUCCUUGACAUCGUUGUCUUUGGACGUGCUUGUGCAAAUAGAGUUGCAGAGAUUCAAAGACCAGGAGAAAAACAAAAGCCUUUGGAGAAGGAUGCUGGCGAAAAAACCAUUGCAUGGUUGGACAAAAUAAGGAAUUCCAAUGGGUCUAUACCAACUUCAAAUAUCCGGUUAAACAUGCAGCGCAUCAUGCAAACUAACGCUGCUGUCUUCCGUACACAAGAAACUCUAGAAGAAGGUUGUCAAUUGAUUGACAAAGCACGGAAGAGUUUCCAUGAUGUUAAAUUGAAGGACAGGAGUUUGAUAUGGAACUCUGACUUGAUAGAGACUAUAGAGUUGGAAAACCUUUUGAUAAAUGCCUGCAUCACCAUGCAUUCUGCUGAGGCCAGGAAAGAAAGCAGAGGAGCACAUGCUCGGGAAGAUUUUACAAAACGAGAUGAUGAGAACUGGAUGAAACAUACUUUGGGAUAUUGGGAGAACGAGAAAGUCCGGCUAGAUUACAGGCCGGUUCAUAUGAACACAUUAGAUGACGAAAUUGAGACAUUCCCUCCUAAAGCUCGGGUCUACUGAGACUGCCCUUUGAGAAGAGAGCGAUAGGUUAAGCAGCAAAUGUUUCCAAGCAUAGAAUAACGCAUCUGGAAAGAGAGCAGAUUGUUAUAGGAACAGCUUUCGAUGAAUAAUUGUUGUAUUUAAAUCAUUGUCAAACUGAUAUGAGCCAAAGUGUCGAUAAUUAUCGCUAAGAGAUUGGUUUUGUAUUUGCAUUUUGCAGCGAUGGAAAAAAAUUUCAUUUUGGUUUGUUUA